UCUUCCUCUCUGGUUCUUUUUCCUCGCUAGCGGAGCUUUUUUUGUUCUCAAUCGGUUUCCAUUUCCAGCCUGCGAGGGAGACGGGAGCCAUUAACGUGAACAUCAACUGCAUAGGUUGCUUGCUAGCUGGCCAAAUUACAAAUUCUCCGUGUCGUAUGAGAAAUCACAGCGGACCACUUGCGAAGAGGAGUCUAUAAAUCCAAGCGAAAAUACUGAUUUCUUUAAUUUUGUCCCCUUUUCUCAAGAUCGCGAAGGAGAAAGAAUAAAAACACAAAAUGGAGAACGAGAGCAAAUAUCUCCCCGAACUACUGGCUGAGAAGGACAGCCUGGAUUCUUCGUUCACUCACGCAAUGAAACUUUUAUCUGCAGAGAUCGAGAGGAUUCAGAAAGGCGGGAUCAAGAAGGAGGAAGAGGACACUUACCUGGACCUCUUCACCAUGAAGAACAUCAAAGUGAAGGAAAGGGUGCUGAUCCCCGUCAAGCAGUACCCGAAGUUCAACUUUGUGGGCAAAAUCCUGGGGCCUCAGGGGAACACCAUCAAACGGCUGCAGGAGGAGACCGGAGCCAAGAUCUCCGUCCUGGGGAAGGGCUCCAUGCGGGACAAAGCCAAGGAGGAGGAGCUGAGGAAGGGGGGAGAGCCCAAAUAUGCGCACCUGUCCAUGGACCUGCACGUCUUCAUCGAGGUGUUCGCCCCCAUCCCGGAGGCCUACCUGCGCAUGGCCCACGCCAUGGAGGAGGUCAAGAAGUUCCUCAUCCCGGACAUGAUGGACGACAUCUCCCAGGAGCAGUUCAUGGAGAUGAGCUACCUGAACGGCGGGCAGGACGGAGGGGCCCGUGGCCGCGGAGGGCCCCCAGGGAGGGGCCGUGGGGCACCCCCACCGUCACCCGUGACCAGGGGUAGAGGAAUGCCUCCUCGCGGCGGGGCCCCGCGGGGUGGCCCCGGGAGAGGCGGGGUGUCGCGCGGAGGCCCCGCGGGCAGGGGCGUGCCCCCGUCCCAGCCCAGCCGGGGGGGAGCGUCCAGCCGGUCCCGGCCCCCGGCCCCUGGGGGCCAGAGGAUGCUGCCGCCCCAGGCCCACUCGCACGCCCACCAGCACCAGCACCAGCACCAACACCAGCACCAGCCGCAGCACCCCCUCACACACCACCAGCAGCACCAGCAGCCCCACGCGCCCGCGCCCGAGCCCUACGAGGAAUACGCCUACGAGGAGAGCUACGCAGAGCCGGCGUACGAAAGCUACGAGAACUACUACAACCAGGCGCCACAGGCAGACACGGAAUACUACGACUACGGACACGGGGAGGCACAGGAAGGCUACGAAUCUUAUGCUCAGGAUGACUGGAACGGGACGCGGGUGUCUGGCGGGAAGGCCCCCCCCGCGCGACAAGCCAAGCCCGGAUACAGGGAACAUCCGUACGGAAGAUACUGAACCCGCAACACGGCGGGCGGUACCCACCAGUGUGUUGCCCCGGCAACCCACCUGUCCCACCACAGUUCUUGCUUUUAACCUCCAGGCAAAGUAAUUGUCCGUUUGUUUUGUGUUUUAUUUAGGUUUUUUUUUUUUUUUUUUUGUACUCUUUGGAUUUAUUUUCUUGGGUUUUUUUUUUUCGUUUUUUUCUUUUCUUCCUCCCCCUAAUUAUUUUAAAAUUGGCUUCUGUAUGCAUCAAGCCCAUUUGAAAAACUUUUUUUAGGCAACACUCCGUUUGUUUACUUGCUUUUAAUUUUUUAAUCUUGUUUUGUCCCCUCCCCUCCUGCUUUAUCGCCUUGUUGACAGUUUGUUCAAACCUUUUUUUAUUUUUUAAAAUGGCUGAUUAAAAACAAAAAAAAAAAAAAAAAAAAAAAAUCAGUUUCAAAAUGUGGACAAGCACUCCUUGAUGGACUGUACAGUUUAACAUCCUGUUAAUUUGUGUUGCUUUAAAAAUGAUUCCCAUAAGUGGCAGUUGCAGAUUCCCAUUUAGGCUACAUUUCAAAAUUCUGUUCAGCAUUCGUUACAAAUUAAACCUUCAAUGUAACCUUUAUGUAAUAUAGGCAACUCAAAUUAACACAGAAGAAUGGGGUUGGGGGAGGGGGGGGAUUGUCUGCACCUUUCUGUAUAAAUAACUAGUCUCAAAACUUUUAUAUUUAAUUUCAUAAUAUUUUGGAUUGACCUAGAGUUUUGAAAUAUAGCCCAACUAGACACUGUUGAGAUUGUCCGUAAAGAUCCUUUCCUAUUCUAAGCUUUUGAUUGGCCCAUUCUUUUCCACUCGACCAAUGGCAGACGGCCCUGGUCCCGAGAGUGCCGGAGACGACUCUGGCGUUUUUCUCCAAUCUAAAGCGAGAACCGCGCGAUUGGAUUCUUUGGGUUUAACGAAUGCAAGGUGACCAAACGCUGGAUGCAGUCGUCCAUUCUGGCUCCAGACGGUCUUGUUCGGGGCUUAGUAAUCCAUUGCUCUUGCUGUCAACCUGGGGGGUGGAACAAAAAGGAGAAAAAAAAAACAAAAAAAAACCGAACAACCCUGGAUUUCCUGAGCUGGGUUCAGGCCCUUGUACUGUUGCAAGUGGAGCGCGGUGGAGAAAGCACGUUGUUGCCGUGCUCGGUCUGAAAAGGAUUUGGGACAACCUCUCCACAGGGUCUUUUUGUGAAGAGGGACACUGCAGCUAAACCCGGUUCUUUGUACAUACUUAAAAACCUUUCAAAUAACUGUACGUUGCCAUUUAAAGCUGUACCUUCUCCAUAAAAAAAUGCUAGUGCAACUUGUGUAAGCUUGCCUAAAUAGGUAACUAAAUAUCUGUCCAAAAAUGUUUUUGCAGCAGUUUGUCAAUAAAGCCUAGUUUUUUUUCUAUCAAACUAAA